UUUGGAUGUACGAUUGUUUUGCAGACUUCGACUCCUGUCAAAUUUAGAGUUUAUGUUUUAAAACCUGGGUGAUGUAGUGACACACGGAAUUGCUGAAGCACGUAUUGUGGACGAUGGACGUCAUUCAACACAGUUCAUACCUCGUGCCUUUAACAAUGUUUACUAAGUAAAAAGUUAACAUCAACACAAGGAAAUAAAUAUUUAUUCAGUUUCAGCUACAUACUUCAGCAUAAACAUUUCCAUAUGAAUUUAGGUGUCUUCAAUCGAGUUAACUAUAAUAUCAAGGACACAGAGGGUGGUGGAAUGUAUUCAGAGUGGGCUUCUCUGACAUCUCUUGUUCAGCAUGGAAAUGAAGAAAGCCAAAGUGUUCUGGCCAAGUUUCCCAUGUCUGCAGGCAAAGAUGUUGCUGUUGCAGUUGUCAAACAGCUUGCAUCAAAUCUUGGCCUCACUCAAGCUGCAGAGCCAAGCCCACUUACAACUGACAAAGAGGUUAUGUGGUGUAUGGAGGUCAUUUGCUUUGGAAUGAGUUUGCCACUUAGUGAACAUGACACUAUAAGGGAUUGUGUAAGUGUGUACUGUGAGUGGCUGUCAGCCUUGCUUCCAGUUCCAAAAGUGUGUGUUCCGAAGCCUGUUUGUGAGGAUCCCAAUCUGUAUGCUCGUAAAAUGAUAACACACUUUCAUAAUUUAUUCAUUCCACGAAAAGGGGAAGUCUGGCCAUUUCCAUAUUUGGAUAUAAGCGCUGAUACUAUCAAUCGCCAAGCUGUUCUGUGCCACCGAGUACUCCGCACUCUCCAACAUCUAGCCCACCAGUCAUCACGUCUUGACCGACAUACUUGGGAAGCACUGUUACUUUUUCUCCUUGCAAUAAAUGAUACACUAUUGUCUCCUCCAACAAUCAAAGAUGAUGUUGGUGACCAGCUUUGUGAACGUGUUUUGUCUGUAUUAUUUGAAGUUUGGUUACUGGCCUGUGUACGAUGUUUCCCAUCCCCACCAUUGUGGAAAACAUUGCGUGAGACGUGCAUGAAUUGGCGGCAUCGUGUGGCUCUUGUGGAGCAAUGGAACCGUGUUAACAUUUUGUUAACUGCUCGUCUGUUGGAGUUCAUGUAUGGUCCAUCCUUUCCAGAAAUUAAGAUACCGGAGGAGGAUGCUCAGUUGAUACCAGCAAAUGCCAGUAGAGAUUGCAUAGCACAGAGUUGGUUUCGAUUUCUACACUGCCUUGGAAACCCAGUGAACCUUUGUCGUCCCUCAGUUGUAAGUCAGACCCAGAAGUUCCUGCAGUUUGCAAUAAUUAGUGAAACUGUCAUCGAUCCUAGCCAGCAUCCAUGUCUUUCAGCACUGCCACUAAUCUUUCUAAAAGCAAUAAAAGGGAUUGCAGGACUAGUUGAUGCUUUCUUGGGCAUAGCGCAGCCUUUCCUCUGGGAAGAAGGUAGCUGUGGAACUGGCUCUCGUGACAAGAAGGAGGGUGCCUCUUCCCACCCUCCUUCUGCUACUCACUCUCCCACCCCUCCACCCCAGCGGAGACUGGCCAAGAGCUUUAGCGUUGCACCUUCUGCUGUCACAAAGGGAAUGCCAAAAGCCUCUCUCAUUGGUCUGACAAGCAGUCGUGCAUCAACAGUUCAGACACCAUCCACCCCAAAUUCUGGUCCAUCAUCUGCCUCUAGCUUGCCAUCAGUUUUAAGUCUUGGUUCUGAUACAAGGAACCCUCUUGCUCCUGGUCGACCAAAGUGUAACAGCAUCUUGCACCUCUUUGGGGAAUGGUUGUUCGAAGCAGCUAACAUAGGAUGUGAGGGUGCGUUCCAGAACAGGUCAGCUGCCGCAAGGCUUGAUGGGAACUCUUCUAAACGACCAAGUUCAGUCCUUGUUGAUAAUCGGAAAGGGAGCUUCUCCCAGCCAGCAUCAUUGGCAGAUGAGUCUGAGCCACCCUUACCACCUGGUGGAGGAAAGUAUGAAGCUGGUCGAGCCGAGGCGCUGGGAGCACUAUGCCGCAUCUUCUGUGCUAAGAAGACUGGUGAAGAGAUAUUGCCAGUAUACUUAGCACGCUUUUACCUUUCCUUGCAACAAGGCUUGAGAGUCCCUGAGAAUCGCGAGUGUGGUGAAUCCCUUGCCAGCAUCCUCCUCAACUCAUCAGACCUUUUUCGACUGGAUUUGGAUGGUGUGCAGGUGUUGCUUCCAUAUGUCACUGAUGCAUUGGAAGUUGUUCUCCCAGAUAAGGACCUCAAACUUAAGUCACUGUCAGUAUCCAAAACUGAGUUGCGUCGUGCAUCCAUCCAUCUUUUACUGUCAAUGCUGGCUCUUCCUCUUCACUUUCAGAAUCUACUAAUCAAGGAACUGAGUAACACAAAUCCCGAGAGAGGGCAUGUAACUUUUGCACAACUGAAGCCACGACUUAUGAAUCUGCUGAUCAAUGCUCUUCAGGUUGAAUCAGAUUCUCAGAAUGCACAGAUGCUUUUAGGUGGGCUAAUGCUCAGUGUGCAAGACUCAGCUUCUGCAGAAGAGGUAGAACAAGUGACCCAGCCUGAUGUGGGACCAGGAAGUGACACAACAUCAAAUCUUCUUUCAUCAGCUUCUGACACAGUUAGUUCAUUCAGUCUGCCGAGUGAUUUCCGUAGCCUUGGGGAAGAAUCAUUGGAGUUCCACCAUGCUGAAGGAGCAGUUCCAUUUGGUAACUUGUAUCUUGACUACCCAGUUGGACUUGUAAAAAACUCAGCUCAUGCUCUUUUUGUAAGAGCAACUUAUCUGGUAUGCCACCGCCUGAUAUCCUCGUGGAAAACUGAUUUAAAUGUGUCAUUGGCUGCACUGGAGUUAUUGGUUGGACUUGCACGGACACACAUUCGUGAGACAGCUAGAAAACUCACAGAUGCAUUAGAAUGCAAACGUGCUGUUAAAUGGCUUUGUGACUACAUUAUGCACCAGUGUGGUCGGCCACCACCUGCUCACUCAAAGGACUUACAUUCUGCAAUUGUGGCAGCGUUCCAAUGUGCAGGAGUUUGGCUUGUUGCCCACCCAUAUCUUCUACAGGAUAAAGAGAGCCUUACAAAUGUCCUUGAAGUGGUCGAAUUAGGAAUUUCAGGAACGAAAUCUCAGGGUAAACCAGGUGAACCAGUCAAAAUGAAAGAUGAAAAGGAGCUAAAACCUGCUUCCAUGAGAGUGAGAGAUGCAGCUGAAGCUCUACUUACCAUAAUUCUUGAACAGGUGGGGUACUUCCCAUCGCCAUGCGGACCUGAAUCUCUCUCUUCUCUUUUGGAUGAGGUUUCACUUGUGAAACAUUGUAACUCUUGGCCAGGUGGAGAGCUGUCACAGGAGGCUGCUAUUGAGCAUUUCCGUUAUUUUGUUAUUGAAAACUCAACUGUACUGGCACUUUUAGAAGAACCACUUGGAAAUGAUCAAGAUCCACAGCCUACGGUAACAGUAUUAAUCCGUGGGCCAUUUGGCAGGCAUGCAUGGACAAUGCAGCUUCGUCAUCUUCCACGUCAUAAAUCAGGCACAAAAUAUCAUACUCCCAACCCAGGUCGGCCAGUUCCAAUGGCCGAUGUUGGUGUUCGACAUGAAGUUCGCCAGCGUUACUUCCCGGACAGUGUUGAUAGGAUACCACAGUGCAAAAUAGACAGGUCUAUACCAACAUUAGAUUCUUUGUCUGCUGAGGAGCCAGGGCUGCAACAGCUACAACACUUGAUUGAGAGACAGUCUACACUUGAACAAAGUUCAGCAGAACAGAAGCAGAAACAGGAAGCGGAACAGGGCUUCUGUCAGCAGCAAGAGUGUAUGCCUCCAACUCCGUGUCAAGAGUACCAGACAGCCAGGCUGUUUCUGUCUCACUUUGGCUUCCUCUCUCUUGAUUCUGCAAACGGUAAUGUAGAAUCACCAACCACCCCAAUAACUGCCUUGAAUCCCAGCAUCCCUGGUUUCUGUCAGGAUUUAGAAGCUCUGGAUUCAAUGAGUUCACGCACAUGUGACACUGUUCAUGUCUUCUAUGUGAGAGCAGGACAGAAGACACCCGAAGAAAUACUGGCAAAUGUUUUGUCACCAGACACAGUUCAUCCGCACUUCCUGGAAUUUUUGUUGUCUCUUGGGUGGCCAGUAAAUGUAUACAGGCAUCCAGGUUGGACAGGUCACUUAACCACCAGUUGGAAGAUCUGCCAGCCACAAUCAACAGAUGAGGUCCAUCAUUCAAAGCAUGGGGGUUGCCUGUACGAUGGCCAGACAAAUGUACUUUACUGGGCAGAUGCCAGCUCUGAGGUGGCAUUUGUUGUGCCAACAAGACACAGUGAUGCAGGAAGUAGUGUCCCAUCAUUUGACUCAAGUGGUAGCUUUUCAGGAGAUCCUGCACUUUCAGGUCAUGGUUGGUAUGAGCGUAGCAUCUCAGAAAGCAAUCCUCGAAGUCAGCGUUCGCUUGAUAAACCACGGACUCUCUCACUUGAUCUAGACAAACAGCCUUCUCCAGGAGAAGGAAGUCGGAGGAGGACAGGUGCCACUCGAAAUUUGCCUACACAUUCUAACACAAAAGUGCUAGUAGUGUGGAUUGAAAGCUUUGAAGAUCAUCUAAACUUUCCAUUGAGUGAACUACUUUCAACAACAUAUACUGGCCUGGAAUCAUCGCGGCCUCAGGAAAGGGAGACAUUCAUAAUCUUCCUGCAAUCACUAGCAAGCGGAUUACUCAGAGUGCACUUACAAGGGCCUGUAGGCCGAACCUCCUUAGCUACACCUCUUGUGGAUGGUAUGGUAGUGAGCAGACGAGUAUUGGGUUCCCUGGUCCGACAAACCGCACUAAACAUGUGUCGACGCAGGAGACUUGACAACGACAGUUAUCAACCACCACAUGUGCGUCGACGUCUGAAAGUACAAGAAAUGGUGCAGAAAUAUCGUUGUGAAAUGACACAGCCGGAAUUACUGACAUACCUUUUCACAAGUCCUCCAAGUUGAAUUGAAAAUAACUUGCUGCAUCUCUGUGAUAGCAUUUAUUGCCACAAUAAAGAAUAGAAAUUGGAAAAGCAUCAACUAUGAUGUGACGAGUUGUAGGGAAGCAGCAGAGUAUGCUGCUUCCCUACAGAGUGACUGAUGCAUUACCAUUCCAGCUAUUAAUUUAAGUUACAGUGUACAUAUUAUGUAUGUAUGUAUGCCAAAUACAAUGUUUGUGUGUUAUGUGAGGUAGCAUGAUACAAAAGUAGUAAGGACACGUAAGCAAUUUUUUAGUACCUCCUUAUUUAAUUCCAGUAACAAUUAUGCAGUAUUAGAGCUGUGCUAUUGUAAAACAAUGGCAGAAACUAGACGUCUGUGGAAUGUUCUGUGUAUACAUUUUACAUAAGAUUUUUGUACGAUAAUAUUAUGAACUGAAAUUAUGCUAGUGCUAAUAUAACAAACAAUAUCAGAACCAAAUUUUGAGGAUUAUAUACUCCGUGUAUAUAUAAAACAGUACGUAAAUUGUUCAUUCUUUGUUUUAUGUAUCUAAAUUUAAAAAUUUCCAAACAUUAUUUUCUGAUGUGAUCUCACAAUUUGUAC